AUGAUAGUGCUACGCUUCACGCUCUUCACACUGCUCCUAUCGCUGGCCAGCGUCGGUUCCGGUGCCACCAGCAGCAGCACGACGCACAGCACGCACAGAAGAGGCAGAAAUCACAACAUCAGCCCGGGCACCAACAGCAAUCACUUUGAGCUGGAUCAGAGCGAGCUGGCGCGCCAGAAUCAGAUAACCCAGCAGAUCUUUGCCAACUUUCUGGAGCGCCGAUUGUUUCCCCAUCGCAAUGUUAGCCAGAAGAUACCCACCAUAGAGGAUAUACUGCCCAAGCCGAAGCCGCUUCAUCCUCGUCCACGCGGCUUCGCGGCCAACAUCGACAGCUUCAAGAGCGGUGGAGGAGCUCAGCGCAACCGUCUGGCAGCUGUGGCGGCCAGCAAGCGGCUGACGAGCUCGAAUAGUCGGCUCGUGACCUACGAAGACGAGGAGGAGGACCUGGCGGAUCAGCAGUCACAGGCGAAUAGCAAUCCGCACGAUGAGUACGACGAUGAUGUGCAGGAGUCGCUGCAGAGCGUGGAAUCGGAGCAGCACGAUCAGUACUACGGCAAUAUAUUCCAACGUGAUCCCAGCGAGAAUGAAAUUGAUAGCGGUAAGUGUUAA